UGAUGCAGCCAGCCUUCAUGUCCUGUGGACCAGAGGCCGAUGCAGCUGCCUUAGAUGAUGAAGAUGAYGAAGAGGAGGAGGGUUGUGUGGGUGAAAAUUUGUUUAUAGAGGAGGUUAUCAUGGGCCAGAAUGAUCCAGUCACAGUGGAGGUCCAUGAAGGCAUCUCAGAUUCUGGAGUCGCUAUAGCUUCUUCAGCUCCAACACAAACAAACCAGAAAAUAUCAAAGUGGAAGAAGAGGAAGAUGAAGCUGAAGUUGAAGCAGCAGCAGCUCAAGUCAGCUGAGAAUUCUUCGAGUUUAACGUCAGAGCUACCGUUUGCAAUGACCAGCCCCACCACAUGGAAAGAACUGGGUUUCUCCAAUCCUGAAUUGUCUGAGAAAAAGAGGAAGAGGAAGAGAGGAGACAGCGGAGGCCGAGUGGACAGUGAGGAGGAUAGUGACCAGAAGAAAAAAAAGAAACAGAGCCAUCGACCCAACUACUUUGUCUCCGUUCCCAUCACUAACACACAGAUAAAGUCAGCUGUGACUGAAAUCCAGGAGGCUGUGCUUCAGCAGGAACCACGACUGGCCAAAGCCAUGGUCCCCRUUCCAACUCUUCACAUCACGCUCCUCGUCACUCAUCUGGCCAGUCAGGAGCAAGUGGACUUGGCUGCAGCUGUGCUGGCUCAGGUCGAGCCGUCAGUGGUUAAGAUGCUGGGGGGGCGGGAUCUGGUGCUGCCCUUCUCAGGAAUCAGUUAUUUCAGGAAGGAGGUGGUGUUUGUUGGGCUGGACACGGGACUACACAGACACACACUGGACAGCCUGGCAGAGUUGUUGCAGAGCCGUUUUGAGGAACAGGGUCUCCUACAGAGAGACUGUCAAAACUUUCAACCCCACCUCACUAUUAUGAAGCUGUCCAGAGCGCCGAAACUACGGUCUCAGGGAAUAAAGUGUGUGGACCCAGCCCUUUACUCCAACUACACAAACAAGUUUUUUGGAAACCAGACAGUGGAGCGGUUGGAUUUGUGUUCUAUGUUGAAAAAGAAGCAGCAGGACGGAUAUUACCACACUGAGACAUCACUACAGCUUGAUCUGAGUCCAGUCCAUGCCAAGCGCUCAAGUGGACGCCGUCGUUCUGAGCCCGACGAAGCGGAGCUCCUGAGGGUCAGCAAGCGAUUGGUCGAGGAUGCCGUCAAUCGCGCCUUGCAACAGUACAAACAGGAGACACUUCAAAACGGGGGCGGGCCUAACGCAGCGACGGUGCAGCCCCCCGGAAACACUGAGGACACAUCCACAAAGACGGACACUACAGCCAACUCCUCCACAGACAACAGGAAGUGACGUCAUCAAACGGAGACUCACAGACUGGGGAUGUCUGGGGAUACAUUUUUACGCAGCGGAACAGAAACUGCCCAUUUAGAAAAAACAGUGAUUAUAUUUUGUAGAAAGUUUUUUUUUAAUCCCUUCACCUGCAUUAAAGAAUCUUUAAUGAAUAAUUCCAGACGAGGAACAUGUUUUCUUGGGGUUUUGAGGUUUUUCUUUCCUGGAGAAGUCAGUUCUGUUCUUAUCAUCACUCAUCCGUUGACGACCUGAUCCGCUCCGACUGUUUCAACCAACCGGAUUCUUCCAAAGCCGAUGAUGCUGGACUCUGGUCUGUGUAGGUUUUUAGUUAAUCUGGCUGUGUGUGGCUGAUAAGGAUUUCCUUUCAACUUCCAGCGUUUUUAUCACACGUUUCAAAUAUCUGUUGGUUUUCUCCAUCAACGGACGGUUACAAAAACAGAUUAACCCCCUUCAUCAGCCGAGCUUUAGCUGUUGUGUAACGCUGUUGCGUUCACUAAGUUCGGCCCUCUCUGAGACAAUCGUCAGUCAAAAUAACAACCACUCGUUUGGCCCGGGCUUCUGAAUAAUUACUCUUCAGGAAAAACAACAACACUAACUUGACGUAAGCAGGGGAGAUGCUUGAAAAUAAUAGUUACACAGCAAAUCACCAAGAAAUGAAUCAGUGCCAAAAGUGACCCGUUUGUUUUAUCGCUCACUUUUCUGCAUUUUUUAAAGUAUCCUUGCUUUUCAAACCAUUUGUCCCAAAUGUUUGAGGUUUUUUUUUUUUGUGUAUGUGAUUUAAUCUUUGUCAUUUAGAUUCGUAGAUAGUUUGAAAGUAGUUGCCGCCUGAUGCGUAGUAUUUUUUUUUCUAAUAUGGAAGUAUUUAUUUCAUUUUGAGAAGCUUUGGGUCUGUAGUUAAUUCGGGCUUGGAUGUGGAGGUGGUGAGCACAAAAAGUCACUCGUCACCUGCAAUCUCUUUAUUUYAUUAAUUUUAACUUGUUUGCUGUGAUAACAGAAUAUAUGUUAGUAAAAUAUGAUUUUAUGUGUAAACUGUUUUAUUUAAUGAUUGAAAAGAUUUCCGUUAAUAUUUUUGAAGACCUAAAAAGCACAAAUGAAAUUUUUUUGGUUUUUAACGGUUUUCUGAAUUUUGAUGUUUGCGUUAAAUCGACUCACCUUCACGGAAAGCGGCCUUCCGUCACUGAAACAAAAACGUGAUUCUUUGUUUUUGUGUGACGACGCACAGGUGACAUUUUUAGUCUGUGUGUGUGUGGGGGGGGGGGAUUAAAGCCCCCCACACUCUUCACUUUGGGGACUUGCCACGGUCACAUAUGUCAACCUGUCACUCAAACUUUGGAUUCUUGUGUUGAGAAAAAAAAAAAUAAAACUAAAAAGUCCACCUAGAGACGUUUGGUGUUCACGAUGACGAGAACAGCAGUUCAGUCCUGGUGAAAUCUAUUAAAGAACUGUCACUCAAGCAGCACAUUAUUCUGUCUUAAGGUGGAUUUUUAAAGACUUUUCAGUUUGAUCUUCAGCUGUCACCAGAUCCUUAAUCUCCAUGAAAAAAAUCCCCUUUAAUCCACAGUUUGUCCUGUUGGCCUGUGUGUUCAGCCUCAGAGCGUCCGUGUGUGAAAGUGUGUUUUCUGAUCAGAGAGAAACUCUUGUACAGAUAAAUUCAUGGCAGCGUUUGAAGCGACUGUAAACAAACAAAAAAAAAAAAGUAAUGACCCCUCCCUGUUUGUCUUUCCACGUGUCUCUCUCCACAUGUAUGUUGAUGCCGUGUGGGUCUGAUCUUUGUACUGCGUGUUGUAAAUCUGGUUCUGCCAUGUUUGAACAAUAAAACAGGAUAUGAGAUACGAAA